AUGGCUGACGUUCGAGAUUUGCGCAUCGUUGUGAUCGGUGCGGGUAUGGGAGGGUUGGGAACAGCCCUGGCCUUCGCACGGAAGGGGUUCAAAGACAUCCGAGUCUUCGAGACGGCCUCGAAUCUGGGCUUUGUUGGCGCUGGAAUCCAGAUCCCCCCGAAUGUCGUCCGCGUACUAUCCCAUCUUGGGUGCUGGGAGUCGAUCGCAAAGGAGGCCACGAUCGUCAGGGGGACCAGCAUCAGGGGUAAGCCCCCAGCCAAGAAUCUUGUCUGAGUGAACCGUCUUCUUCUAACAAGUUGCGCAGAGGGAAGCACAAACAGGGAGCUCUCACACGUGGAGAUGCCCGACAUUGAAGAGAAAUACGGCUUUCCGCACGCCCUAGGGCACCGGU